AUGUCUAAGGAAGAAGGUGAUGAAGUUAAUAGCAACGGUAGAAGGGAUAACUUCCAUUGUCCUGGACCCGUCAAAAAUACGGUGACAGUAACUGGGGAUGCCGAUCCAGUAAAGGUUAUCAAGAAGGUAAGAAAAUACAGAAGAUCUGCUUCUGUUGUGAGUAUAGGUCCUCCACAGAGUAAGAAGGAGGAUGAGAAGAAAGACCUUGUCCCUUACCCACCAAAGACAUGUCAGAGAUGCGAUGUCUGUGAGUUGGACAACAAAUCUUCAGGCAUAUGA